GUGCCAACAGUGCUUCUCCCACCUCUAUUCCAAAUUGUUCAGUCAUUCUCGCUGUAAAACAAAAGGAAAAUAUAGCUUAAUCUCGCCUUUUGCACAUUAAAUCAUACCAAUUGCAAUUGAACACGAUGCCGGACUACCUGGGCGACGAUCAGCGCAAGGUGAAGCACGACGAGAAGGAGGACAAGGAGAUAAAAUCGCUGGACGAAGGCGACAUUGAGCUGCUGAAGACCUAUGGUCAGAGCCAGUACCACAAGUCGAUCAAGAGCAUCGAGGAGGACAUCCAAAAGGCAGUGAAGCAAGUAAACGAGCUUACCGGGAUCAAGGAGAGCGACACGGGUCUUGCGCCUCCGGCCCUGUGGGACUUGGCCGCGGACAAGCAGAUAUUGCAAAAUGAGCAACCGCUGCAAGUGGCCCGCUGCACCAAGAUCAUCAACGCGGACUCCGACGAUCCCAAGUACAUCAUCAAUGUUAAGCAGUUCGCUAAGUUCGUGGUGGACCUGGCCGACUCGGUGGCUCCCACCGACAUCGAGGAGGGAAUGCGCGUCGGCGUUGACCGCAACAAGUACCAGAUCCACAUUCCGCUGCCGCCCAAGAUUGACCCCACGGUGACCAUGAUGCAGGUGGAGGACAAGCCCGAUGUCACUUAUAGUGAUGUGGGUGGCUGCAAGGAGCAGAUCGAAAAGCUGCGUGAGGUGGUGGAGACGCCUCUGCUGCACCCGGAAAAGUUUGUCAACCUGGGCAUUGAGCCGCCCAAGGGAGUGCUCCUGUGGCCCCCCGGAACGGGCAAGACGCUGUGUGCCCGGGCCGUUGCCAACCGAACAGACGCCUGCUUUAUUCGCGUCAUUGGCUCAGAGCUGGUGCAGAAGUACGUGGGCGAGGGAGCUCGAAUGGUGCGCGAGCUCUUUGAGAUGGCGCGCUCCAAGAAGGCCUGCCUUAUCUUCUUCGACGAAAUCGACGCCAUUGGCGGUGCCCGCUUUGACGAUGGCGCCGGCGGUGAUAACGAGGUGCAGCGCACCAUGUUGGAGCUGAUCAACCAGCUGGACGGCUUCGAUCCGCGUGGUAACAUUAAGGUGCUGAUGGCGACCAACAGACCUGACACCCUGGAUCCCGCGCUGAUGCGUCCCGGGCGUCUUGACCGCAAAGUGGAGUUCGGCCUUCCCGACCAGGACGGACGCUCGCACAUCUUCAAGAUUCACGCUCGGUCGAUGUCCGUGGAGCGCGACAUUCGCUUCGAUCUGCUAGCGCGCCUCUGCCCCAACUCUACGGGAGCUGAGAUACGAUCGGUGUGCACGGAGGCGGGCAUGUUCGCCAUUCGGGCGCGCCGCAAGGUGGCCACCGAGAAGGACUUCCUCGAGGCCGUCAACAAGGUUAUCAAGAGCUACGCCAAGUUCAGCGCCACCCCCCGCUAUAUGACCUACAAUUAAGUUUAUUUUUAUUGGCACCAUUCUGUAUCCUCUGCGAGGUAAACUGUAAUACAUCCUGCAGUUGGCAAUUCUUGAAAUAAAACGAAACCUAUACCUUCAUGAACUAAGAA